UAUGUCACAUCCUGCCCCUGUCCUGGAGCGUAUCGCCAUUUUACUGCACUUUAAGGAAGAUUUGAAGUUGGGAAGUUGUUUCCAUUUAUUCUUCCUUCCGUGUACAGUAGAGCAUCUGCAUUCAGUCGGAGUUCUCAGCCGCGCGAAUCGCGAAAUUUGGGUGAGGGGCUAAAUGCCCGCGAGGUGGUGUGAUUGACCCCCUACCGCAAAUCAGAGCAAGAGCAACGCUCCUGGGCCCACUGAGUUAUUCCAGCUUUUGGUGUUUAUCAGCCGGCAGAGGUUCUCCUACCAACGAGUGCAGGGGGAAGAUGGGGGCUUGCAGCCGUCUGACACAAGACGGGAGAGGGAGAGAGGCGAGGAUGUCUCAGAAUCAGGAUGAGUGGUUGUGAAUGGGAUAUCUUGAAAUAUAUCUCAAUCAGGAACUAAGGAGAAGCCAAGCGUGUGUUGUGCCGAGGGAGAGGAUUCAACUGAAUGUCGAACCUGGAGAGCCUCGAGGACCCUCGCACCCCGUGGAAACCGCACCAAUGUGGGGACUGCGGGAAAGUGUUCAACUACCCGUCGCAGCUGGCGGUCCACCGCCGCACCCACACGGGGGAGAGGCCAUUCCCCUGCACCUUGUGCAAGAAGAGGUUUGCCUCGGUCUCGGCCCUGCUGAUCCACCAGCGGGUCCACACCGGGGAGAGGCCGUUCACCUGCUCCCUGUGCGGGAAGGGUUUCAUCCAUUCCUCCCACCUGGUCAGGCACCAGCGCUGCCACACGGGCGAGCGGCCCUUCCCCUGCCCCGAGUGCGGCAAGGACUUCACCCAGUCGUCCCACCUGCUGAUCCACCAGCGUGUCCACGCCGACGAGAGGUCCGUCAAGUACCCCGACUGCGGGAAGAGCUUUAAGAGCCCCGGAGAGGGAGAAUCCAAGCAGGUGUUGUGUCGAGGGACAGCGUCGAACCUGGAGAGCCUCGAGGAACCUGGCACCUCGCCGAAACCGUACCAAUGUGGGGACUGCGGGAAAGGGUUCAACUACCCGUCGCAGCUGGAUGUCCACCUCCGCACCCACACGGGGGAGAGGCCGUUCUCCUGCACCGUAUGCAAGAAGGAGUUUGGCUCGGCCUCGACCCUGGUGACCCACCAGCGGGUCCACACCGGGGAGAGGCCAUUCACCUGCUCCCUGUGCGGGAAGGGUUUCAUCCAUUCCUCCCACCUGGUCAGGCACCAGCGCUGCCACAGAGGCGAGUGGCCCUUCCCCCGCUCCGAGUGCGGCAAGGACUUCACCCAGUCGUCCCACCUGCUGAAGCACCAGCGUGUCCACACCGACGAGGAGCUCGCCAAGUGCCAUGACUGCGGGAAGAGCUUUAAGAGCCCUGAGGAGGGAGAAUCCAAGCACGUGUUGUGCCGAGGGAGAGGGUUGAACCUGGAGAGCCUCGAGGACCCUCGCACCUCGCCGAAACCGUACCAAUGUGGGGACUGCGGGAAAGGGUUCAACUACCCGUCGCAGCUGGAUGUCCACCUCCGCACCCACACGGGGGAGAGGCCGUUCCCCUGCACCGUGUGUAAGAAGGAGUUUCCCUCGGCCUCGGGCCUGCUGACCCACCAGCGGGUCCACACCAGGGAGAGGCCGUUCACCUGCUUCCUGUGCGGGAAGGGUUUCAUCCAUUCCUCCCACCUGGUCAGGCACCAGCGCAGCCACACGGGCGAGCGGCCCUUCCCCUGCUCCGAGUGCGGCAAGGACUUCACCCAGUCGUCCCACCUGCUGAACCACCAGCGGGUCCACGCCGACGAGAAGCCCUUCAUGCGCCCCGACUUCUGGAAGAGCUUUAAGAGCACUGGGGAGGGAGAAUCCAAGCAGGUGUUGUGCCGAGAGAGAGGGUUGAAACUGGAGAGCCUCGAGGACCCUUGCACCUCGCCAAAACCGUACCAAUGUGGGGACUGCGGGAAAGGGUUCAACUACCCGUCGCAGCUGGAUGUCCACCUCCGCACCCACACGGGGGAGAGGCCGUUCCCCUGCACCGUGUGUGGCAAGGACUUCACCCAGUCAGCCCACCUGCUGAAGCACCAGCGGGUCCACGCCGGGGAGAGGCCCUUCAAAUGCCCCGGCUACGGGAAGAGCUUUAAGAGCCCCGGGGAGGGAGAAUCCAAGCUCGUGUUGUGCCUAGGGACAGGGUCGAACCUGGAGAGCCUCGAGGAUCCUUGCACCUCGCGGACACUGUACCAAUGUGGGGACUGCGGGAAAGGGUUCAACUACCCGUCGCAGCUGGAUGUCCACCUCCGCACCCACACGGGGGAGAGGCCGUUCCCCUGCACCGUGUGUAAGAAGGGGUUUGCCUCUGUCUCGGGCCUGCUGACCCACCAGCGGGUCCACACCGGGGAGAGGCCGUUCACCUGCUCCCUGUGCGGGAAGGGUUUCAUCCAUUCCUCCCACCUGGUCAGGCACCAGCGCAGCCGCACAUGCGAGCUGCUCAUCCCCCGCUCCGAGUGCGGCAAGGACUUCACCCAGUCGUCCCAACUGCUGAAGCACCAGCGUGUCCACAACAACAACAAGCCCGCCAAGUGCCCCGACUUCGGGAAGAGCUUUAAGAGCCCUGAGGAGGGAGAAUCCAAGCAGGUGUUGUGCCGAGGGACAGGGUCGAACCUGGAGAGCCUCGAGGACCCUCGCACCUCGCGGACACUGUACCAAUGUGGGGACUGUGGGAAAGUGUUCAACUACCCGUCGCAGCUGGAUGUCCAUAGCCGCACCCACACGGGGGAGAGGCCGUUCCCCUGCACCGUGUGUAAGAAGAAGUUUGCCUCGGCCUCGGCCCUGCUAACCCACCAGCGGGUCCACACCGGGGAGAGGCCGUUCACCUGCCCCCUGUGCGGGAAGGGUUUCACCCAUUCCUCCCACCUGGUCAGGCACCGGCGCAGCCACACGGGCGAGCGGCCCUUCCCCUGCUCCGAGUGCGGCAAGGAAUUCACCCAGUCGUCCCACCUGCUGAAGCACCAGCGGGUCCACAACAACAAGAAGCACUUCAAGUGCCCCGACUAAGAGAAGAGCUUUAAGAGCCCUGGGGAGGUGAGGAACCAUCGGCAGACCCACACCAACGAGAAGCCCUUCGGCUGCUCGCACUGCAGCAAGAGCUUCGGACAGUCGAGCGACCUGCUGAAGCACCAAACCUGCUGAAGCACGAGAGGAAAUGUACAGUUUAAGUAAAACAAGAAAUAAAUGAAUAGUAUGAAGGGUCCUGACCUGAGAUGUCGACAAUCCAGGCCCUCCACUAUGCUGCCUGACACUCUGAGGGCCUCCAGCACUUAGUUUUUAUGCUUUAGAUAGACCCCUACCCUGGGAAGAAGACUCUAAUUAUAUGCCCAAUCUAGGCCCCUCAUAAUCCUUUAUACUUGUAUCUGUGCACCCUCAGCCUCUUGU